CUUGCUAGUUAACUGAAGGAAGGCGAGGAGGCAGGUGACAAGUCGAAGAAGACUGCUGCAAAUUCAUUCAGUUAACCUCACAGAUUUUGAGGCGGAAAACUUUUAGAAUCCUCAGUUUGCAAAAUUGCCGUCUACCUUUGUAGUAUACAUUGCAGUAAAUCGAAUUUGGAGAUCCAUGUUUUGCGGUGUUUUUGGAAAAGGAUUUUCGUCACACUGCUUUUCACACUUAACAGGGCUGGAUUUGAUGGAAAUUCACUUUGCUUGGCAGUUUUAAGAGUACAUGGCUAAAGCGCUAAGGAAAUACUGAGGGAUUGGCGUCUUGUUCAGAAUGGAGGAUGAAAUAACGGCUUCACUUUUGGAACGAAGGUACACGUAUGGAUGUUUCAGCAGGUAGAAACAUACCCUACCAAUUUAAAUACUGCAGACAUCGUGGAAUUGCCUCUCUCUUCAGAAAACACUGUUGCUGGUAAAUAGUCGUAAUUUGCCCGUGUUUGGUCGCAUUUGUGGGAGGCGUUUGGAAGAAAAAACAUAAUACAAGUAAUUUUAAUGUAUAAGCGAUAUACCUCGGAAAAAAACAACUAUCAAAAAAGCGCCUGUAAGAAGAUUAUUGCUAUUGCGACUGCCAAGGGCACUUUUCGUUGCUUGUGAACAUUUUAUUUGUCAGCAAGUGUUUCCGCACACACAAUCACGCCCACGUUUGUUAGAAGCACUAAUUGUUUAGAUUGCUUUUGGACAUUGUAAAUAGCCUUCACUCCAAUACUAUCCACAGUCCGGCGCGAGGAGCGCUUACCACUCUCCCGAUGCCCGUUUGCCGACACAAAAUUUGAAGCCUAAAGAUUGAUCACCGCUGCUGACUGCGGAUCAGACACUUGCCUAUAAAUCACACUUACCUUCCCUAAAACUUUGGAUUGCAAGUCUGGGACAAACCGAGGACGUCAACUCGAGGGUGUUUUGGGGUGAAUUUAACAUUCUAUAAUAGGCUACCCAUAAGAACGCGGAUUACAGCCUGAAUACAGACCCUUUUCAGAAUGUUCCUGUCGUACGGAUUUACCUGCUCAGCAUUCACCAGUAUUAUGGAUUCUAGACAUUUUAUAUUUACCCUCACCUUUUUGGCGUUCUUCAUGCAAACUGCUGUGGAGGCCAGUUCUUGGUGGUCCCUGGCCAUGAAUCCUCUCCUGAUUCCAGAGGCUUACAUCAUUGGAGCGCAGCCGCUGUGCAGUCAGCUGGCUGGCCUUUCGCAAGGCCAGAAGAAGCUGUGUCAGUUGUAUCAGGACCACAUGCAGUACAUCGGGGAAGGGGCCAAGACCGGGAUCAAGGAAUGCCAGUAUCAGUUCAGGCACCGCCGGUGGAACUGCAGCACCGUGGACAACUCGUCGGUCUUCGGUAGAGUCAUGCAAAUAGGGAGCCGCGAGACCGCGUUCACGUAUGCCAUCAGCGCAGCGGGGGUGGUGAACGCAGUGAGCCGGGCCUGCCGAGAGGGGGAGCUCUCAUCCUGUGGGUGCAGCAGGGCGGCCAGGCCCAAAGACCUGCCUCGGGACUGGCUGUGGGGAGGCUGCGGGGACAAUCUCAACUACGGGUACCGAUUCUCCAAGGAGUUUGUGGAUGCCCGGGAGCGUGAAAAGACCUAUCAGAAGGGCACAUAUGAUAGCGCACGGCUACUGAUGAAUUUGCACAACAAUGAAGCGGGGCGGAGGACGGUUUCGGACCUGGCUCAUGUCUCCUGCAAGUGUCAUGGCGUCUCCGGGUCCUGCAGCCUGAAGACCUGCUGGCUUCAGCUGGCGGACUUCCGCAAGGUGGGCGACGCGCUGAAGGAGAAGUACGACAGCGCCGCCUCCAUGAAGCUCAACUCCCGGGGCAAGCUGGUCCAGGUCAACAACAAGUUCAACACGCCCACCAGCUAUGACCUCAUCUACAUCGACCAGAGCCCAGACUACUGCAUGCGCAACGAGAGCACGGGCUCGCUCGGAACUAUGGGACGCCUCUGCAACAAGACGUCGGAGGGCAUGGACGGCUGCGAGCUGAUGUGCUGCGGCCGCGGGUACGACCAGUACAAGGCCCAGGUGGUGGAGAGGUGCCACUGCAAGUUUCACUGGUGCUGCUACGUCAAAUGCAAGAGAUGCACAAAAACCGUGGACCAGUUUGUCUGCAAAUAACAGAUCUAAGAGAGAAAAAAGAAAAACUAUAUAAAUUAUAUUUAUAGAGUUAAAACAAUUAUACCAUUGCAGAAGACUGACACUUUUCCGAGUAAUAGAUACAAAAAUCUAAUGUCUGCAAAAACUGAGAAUAUCAUGGAAAUAUUUAUUUACAUAGAGAUUUUUUUCUGACUUGCAAGCGGAUUUUUAACAUAGUAUAAGUGCAUAGACCAAUGACAUAGGUUUUAGGGUGUGUUCCAUAAUAUAUAAAACAAAAUGUUUAGCAUGAGAAAGAUUUGGCGGUACGUGCUUUGUAAGUUUGGUAUUCUGCAGAAGUUUCUGUGAAUCUGGGGAUCUGUGCUGGGAAAUAUGCAUGGAACAAAUGAAUAUUUUCUGUAUUUAAGUAUUGUUGGCAUUUACCAAAGCUCCCCCGAUACAUCUCACCUGCACACAUCCAUACAUUAGGUCCCAAUAUACUGCUUUGUUAUUUUGUAAUAUGUGGUCAGGGAUUCUGCUGUGCCAAUAAUAUGCUCUUCUGUGGGUUGGACUUAGGAACUUGAGCAGUGUUACCAAAUGUCUUUAUAGGUUUGGAAAUUUAUUUGGAAAAUAAAUUCCAUGGCCAUGCUAGGAGGAGUUCGACAUAAACAGGCAUUGUGAGGCUUUUUGUGACAACAUACUUACCCACUACAUGUGACCCAUCCUACAAGGAUUGAUUGCGUUUCCCCUGAAAAGUCAAGCGUUAUGCACUUUUUUUUUUUUUUAAAUGGUAACAAACUUUUUUUAAAUGACAGAACAUCAGCAGUAAUAUAACCUAUUUUAUUCUACUUUUUUCCGUAUAAACACAGGUAUCCACUAAUCGUAUAUGAUCAUACUUAAAAAAGAUUUGAAUAUAUAUGGGCAAUGUCUUGGUUUUGUUGGUGAAAUAUCCCAUGUUCUGUAUAUACGUCUAUGCAACUGAUGAUUAAAUUGUAUGUAUUUAUUUUCAACCUCUCUGUUAAACAGUUUUAAGACAAAGCAUUGCUUCUUUUCCUCCAUGUCUACUUGUUUAAAAUAAUACACUAUUUUGAGAAAUGUUAUUUGCAGGUGCCACUGUGCAUGCAUUUUGAAGCAUUUUACACUGGUGUUUCACGUUAUUGUUUGAACUGGGCAACAAGAUAAGCUCUGGAUACAUGUGUUAUUUGAAAUUUGGUUUCCACUCUGGGUUUUUUUGUUUGUCUAUGGUAUAUAAAGGGAAUUUGCCUCCGUUUUAUCACGCACUGUCCGUUAUUGUCUGCCUUCAGCACCUGCAAAAACACUGUUUUAUCGGUGGCGAUAAAUAUCGCUCUAGGCAUCUGCAUGACACGUUCUGUUACCAUUCAUAUUUCCUCUUCAAGUUAAUGUUCCUGCUAUGCAUUGUCAACCCCUCUGUAUAUUUAUUAGCUUCUUGAUUAACUGGAGCUUGCUAAAAUAUUUCUUAGAGCUUUUUGUUCUUUGUUAAUUGGACCAUUUUGCUAAUGUACUUCAAUAAAUUUUAAGGAAACUUUCCAUAUGAACUACCUUGAAAUAACUCCAUAACUCUGUUCAUUUAACAUGAUUUGUACUAUCCAUUUAACUUAGUUCUGCCUUUAUGGUCUUCAAAAUCACAAUGUGUGUAUUUCACCAAUUUACCAUUGCUUAUAUAAAAACAGGCUUGUCUUGAUUGUACAGAAAUGUUUUAAGGUAAGAUUUUUUUUUCUCAUUUGUAUUUUUUAUUUGUACAUCCUAAACUAUGUCUGCUUAUGACAAAUUCUGAGACAUUGAUUCUACAGUUUCAUAUUAACAAAUCAAGCCUCUUUAAGUAAAUAAAGGUAUCUGGACUCUUUCCUA